AUGGAGACCAACCAGACCUCCUGGAUCACAGAAGUCACCCUGCUGGGAUUCCAGGUCCACCCAGCACUGGAGAUUUUCCUCUUUGGACUGUUUUCUGUCUUCUACACCUUCACCCUUCUGGGCAAUGGGGUCAUCCUGGGGCUCAUCUGCUUGGACCCUAGACUACACACCCCCAUGUACUUCUUCCUCUCCCACCUGGCUGUGGUUGACAUGUCCUAUGCUUCCAACAACGUCCCUAAAAUGCUGGCCAAUCUUGUGAGCCAGAAGAGAACCAUCUCUUUUGUUCCCUGCCUCAUACAGAUGUUUCUGUAUGUAGUGUUUGCCUCAGCAGAGUGCCUGAUUCUAGCGGUGAUGUCCUAUGAUCGGUACGUGGCCAUCUGCCACCCUCUGCAUUACAGGGUCAUCAUUAGCUGGAGGGUGUGCACUGGUUUGGCAGCUGCUUCCUGGGUGUUGAGUUCAGUCCUGGCUCUGGUCCACGUGGUCCUCAUCCUGAGGCUGCCUUUCUGUGGGCCUCAUGUCAUCAACCACUUCUUCUGUGAAAUCCUCUCCGUCCUCAAGCUGGCCUGUGUUGACACAACAGUCAACCACAUUGUCCUCUUUGUUGCUUCUGUGUUUUUCAUCAUGGGGCCCCUGUGCUCAGUGAUGUCCUCCUAUGCUGGGAUCCUGGUGGCCAUCCUCAGGAUCCAGUCUGGGGUGGGCCGGAGAAAGGCCUUCUCCACUUGCUCCUCCCACCUCUGUGUGGUGGGGCUGUUCUUUGGCACUGCCAUGGUCAUGUAUGUUGCCCCCAAGUCCAGUAACCCUGAGGAGCAGCAGAUGAUCCUUUCUCUCUUUUAUAGCUUCUUCAACCCCAUGCUAAAUCCACUCAUCUACAGUUUGAGAAACACAGAAGUCAGAGGAGCUCUGAGAAGGGCACUAUCAAUCUGA